AUGGUGCCAAUUUCUGCUGGGACAAGACUGCAGGCAAUUCGUGAGCGUCUUUCACCCAAGAGGCAUCGUAUCGACCUUAGCAGAGACAACGCACCUAUACACGAAAUUGAUGCAACCAUGAAUGAAACAGCAAGGACCUUGCCGCAUACUCCAACUGCAGGACCGUCUAGUUAUGCCGCCAUUCCAGAUGAAGAUGAGCAAGUUGCCAGCCCUCCUCCCAUCCCUGUCAUUUCAGAAGGCCGCCCGAAGCGAAAUAUCAUCCUUCCAAAGCACCUGCACGAUCUAUUACCAUCUAAACCUACUGGAUUUCGCCUAUUUGCAUCACUGGAGCAAAAACCACCUCUCCCACCUGCCAUGCCUCAGCCGUCACCAUCCAGGUCACCUUCUCCAUCAGCCUCACCACCACCCGAACCUGUAUAUCUCGAGACAGCUCCAAAUGAGAUGGGUCUUUAUCGGUGUUAUAAGGAGUGGCCGACUGUUGACCCUACCAUGGGAGGUGGUCUCGAUGAAGUCUCUGAUGCUUCAACAUUCACUUCUCAUGCCGACCGCCUCGCAAAUGCACCUGAGAGCAGUACUGAUCCAUUUUAUCCCUUCCCAAAUGCGACUAUCUUCCGCCUUUUUUCGUGGUUCUAUCAGUCAACAUCUAAAUCUUUGUCAGACGUCACCUCCCUUGUCCGAACCGUUCUACGGGCACCAGAUUUUGAUCCUGAGCAUCUUACCGAUAACUUUGAUGCUGCGAAGGAGAUCAAGGUGCUCGAUACUAUUGGCGAACAACAAAAUUGUCUUCCAUUUUCUUUAUCUGAUGGCUGGCAUGAGACUUCAGUAACCAUCAAGCUGCCUCAAACCGGUGUUGAACACAUCUCUGAGGAGUCUGCUCCCGAGUUCGAAGUCACAGGUGUUUACCACCGGAACCUUUUGGACGUGAUUGUAUCCACCUUCCAGAGCACCGCUUUCCUUGACUUUCAUCUGAAAGGUUUCAAGGAAAUGUGGGAUCCUGGAAACGAUGACCAGCCGGAACGAGUAUACGGGGAGGUAUAUAGUUCAGAUAUCUUUCUUGAAAUGGAAGACGAAGUUCACCUGACACCUGACCCAAACGGAUUGGAAACUGUUAUUGUGCCAUGCAUGCUGUACUCGGAUUCAACGCAUCUUACUAAUUUCAGGACAGCCGCACUCUGGCCCAUCUACCUGUUGUUCGGCCUACUCUCCAAGUACGUGUGGGCUCGACCAACAUCAGGAGCAUCACAUCAUAUUGUGUACAUGCCUACCAUUCCGGAUAAAAUUCAAGAUGCCUAUCUGAAAUACUUUGGACGGUGUGCAUCCCCUGCAAUCCUAACUUUUCUGAAACGGGAGCUCGUUCAUGCUAUCUGGGCAAAGCUUCUUUCACCAGAAUUCAUGGAUGCAUAUAUAAAUGGGGUUGUAAUCUUCUACGCUGAUAAUAUUUACCGCCAUGUAUACCCUCGCUUUUUUCUAUACUCAGCUGACUACCCUGAAAAAGUCCUACUCGCAAGUAUUAAGUCAAUGGCUGAAUUUCUAUGCCCACGCUGCUUAGUAACCAAGGAAACAGCGUCGGAAAUGGGUACCAUCAAUGACAUGAAGCGCCAUGUAAAAAAAGCUAGAGUGGAUACAACACAAUGGCAAAGCUGGAUUGAGAAAGUUCACAGCUGGAUUUAUGAGGAUGGCAAUGUUGUUGAUGGCAAGGCAGUGAGCGAUGUACUGAACCGCCAGUCUCUAUCACCAACACGAAAUGCGUUCUCCUCAGUGUUUAUUUCACUCUUCAACUUCUACCAGAUGUUCGUCAUUGAUCCUCUGCAUGAGAUUGAACUCGGAACAUGGAAGGCGCUCUUUAUUCAUCUUCUACGUGUUAUGUUUUACGGAGGCGAUAUUAUACAGGAAUUAAAUAGAAGGUUCCGAAUGAUGCCUACAUUUGGACGAGGAACUAUACGAAGGUUCAAGAAUAAUGUAUCCGACCUUAAAAACUUUGCCGCUCGUGAUUUCGAAGAUAUUCUUCAGUGUGCCAUGCCAUGCUUUGAAGGACUCUUUCCUCCAAAAUUGGACAGGCUUGUCCUUGACUUGCUAUUCUUGUUUGCUUGCUGGCAUGCGAAUGCUAAACUUCGGAUGCAUACUGAGUCAUCACUCCGAGUGUUUGAAUGUCUAACGUGGCUUUUCGGGUCCUUCAUGAGAAAAUUCAAGCGGGAGGUUGAUGAAAUUGAUACAUGUGAGAUUCCAAAGGAACGCGAAGCUAGGGCACAGCGUGAUAUCAAUAACAUGAAGAAGAAAGGGAACAGCACGUCAAAAGGUAAAAUUUCAACAGCGAAAUUACAGAAAAGAUUUAAUCUUUCAACGUAUAAAUAUCAUGCCAUGGGUGAUUAUCCUGGAAUGAUUCGUGCAUUUGGAACCACAGAUUCAUAUAGUACUCAGCUGGGAGAGCUUGAGCAUCGGCGAGUCAAGCGUUUCUAUGGGCGGACCAACAAGAACAAGACCUUUGCGAAGCAGAUAUCACAUCAUGACCAAAAACACCGAAGUCGCCCUAUGCCUGCAAGGGAUGGUUCUGAGGUGCUCCCGUACACAGAUCCAAGUCACCACCAUCAUAUAUCACCAUCUACAAGUUCAAAAAUAUAUCUGGCUCCAUGGCUUCAUGAGAAUGGCAGCGACAUUGCAUGUAAUGGUUUUAUUCGAAAGCUCAAGGACCAUUUACUCUCUCGAAUUCUCAAUAGUAAUGAUGAAUUCACGGAUCUUCAUCGCCAGAACCUCAUCAUUGUCGACAACCGCCUCUACUCACAUCAAAUUCUUCGUAUCAAUUAUACUACCUACGAUGCUCGUCGAAAUCAAGAUUCUAUCAACCCUCAUACUCAUUCCGAUAUUAUGGCCCUUUCUCCUUCUACGCAGACUGAUUUGGAUAGCGAUAACAAUUCUCAUCCUUAUCUAUAUGCCAGAGUUAUCGGUAUCUUUCAUGCGAUGGUCCGUCAUGUUGGCCUGCAGUCCAUUGAUCGCACUGCAAAGAACCUUCAGUUUCUAUGGGUCCGAUGGUAUGCAUUUGAUAGGAGCAUCCCUUCUGGGUUUAGGGCAAAGCGCUUGCCAUGCAUUGGUUUUCUCCCAGGUGAUGAUCCUCAGGCGUUUGGGUUUGUAGAUCCUAAUGAUGUUCUUCGUGCAUCACAUAUUAUGCCUGCCUAUGUCUAUGGUCAAACGUCGGACAUCCUUCCACCCUCAAUUUGUAGGAGAUUCAAUGAGAAUGACAUGGAUUGGGCAUGCUAUUAUGUGGAUAUAUUUGCUGAUCGUGACAUGUUCAUGCGGUAUUGCGGCAAUGGCAUCGGCCACAGCAAUACACGAGAGUAUACACGGAGAUUGUGGGAAGAGCUUCUCGAUGCUUUGGGGAUCACUACAUCGGAGAAUACUUCUGAAGUCGCUGAAUCGGAUGCUGAACAAGAAGAGGAUGACGCUGAACCUGGCGCCAAUACUUCGGAAUUGGGUCAUGCGCCAGCAGACUUAGCAGACUCGGAUACCUCUGAUGCUGAAAUCGAUGGUAGCAUUGAGGAUGAAGACAGUGACAGCUCAUGGCAUUCAGAUGACUAUGUCAAGCUAAAUGAGCCUGAAGAAGAUGACGAGUUUGAUGAUGAUGGGCUUUUCGGAUAUUCCGCUCUGUAA